GCAGGAUGAAUGCCAACGCUCUGUUCGCAAAGAGGAAGGGCAAGACCCAGUCCAAGGAGAAGGGGCCCUCGGGCCAGAAGCCAGUCGACGCGCUUUUCCCGAAGGUCAUAGAGCCUUCCGCCGGGGACGCCCAUGCUGCUGUGGGGACCGGGGGGUCGAAGGCCGAGGCGGCCGCUAAGAAGAAGAGGGGCGACAAGGGGGUGGAGCCCCCAACCAAGAAGCAGAAAGGCGCCGUGGGUGCUGUCGGGGCGGCGGCCCCCCUCAUAAUUAUUGAUGACAUGCCCGCUGUUGAUGGGCCUCUAGCCUCGGUGCCUCCGAAGGAUCCGGUGAAUCCCCCCGGGAGGAAUUACCCCGGGAGAUCCGUCAGCUCUCCUUUGCCCCCGGCGCUUCCCUGAUGCACGGCACUGCCGAGCCGAGGAGCUUCCUUCGGGGCAUCACCUCGAAGAUGGACAGGGAAGUCUUCGAGACCUACGAUGAUGAUGCCCUCGAGAACAGGAUCCUCCGGUCCUCUCUCACUGCCUGCAUAGCCCUCGGGGAACAGGCCCGGAGGCGCGAAGAAAGGCGCCUUCACGAGGCCACCCAAGAUAAGAAGGUGGAGGGGCUGAUCCGCAAGAACUCCGAGGCGGUGAAGCAUGCUGCACAGCUGGAGGAGGCCCUUCGGGAGGCGAAGGCGGCAGCGGAGAAGGCCAAAGCUGACGGCAUUGCCGAGGGCAAGGCGGAGGCCGAGAGGGCUGCUGCCGAGGCGGCGAAAAAGGCUGCCGAAGAAGCCCAAACUGCUAAGGAGAGAGCUGCGGCCGAGGCCCGAGGGGAGGCAGUUGCGGAGUUCCUCGCUGAGGGCUGGAGGGCCGAGGGCCAUAAGGAGUGGGUUGCCUCCGUGGUGGCAGCCUCGGUGGACGCUUGGGUAGAAGGCCCGAGGGUUGACUGGCUGACUGACAGGGGGGACGCCUACUACCAGGGGGGUGAGUUCUUUACCCAGCACUUGAUCUACCGGAGGCUUGCCAGGCACUUUGGCGUGUCCCUCGAACAAUUUGACCCCUCGGUAUAUGGCCUCCCUCCGCUGCAACCAGAUGUCAGAGUUCCCCUCCCCCCGGGUGAAGAGCGGCCAACAAUCUAUGAUUCUGUGAUGAUGGGGGGUGAUGGGGGUGGAGCCGUCGGGGGUGAUGCUGUCGGAGAAGAAGUCUCCUCCAAGGCUGUCGUGGAAGGUGCCCCCGGUGACAACGAGGCUGAAGCCGCCGAGAAGAUUAGUACUUAGUCAAUUUUUGAAAAAGCCUUGUAAUGAAACUUUUGUCACCCCUCGGCUUUGGCCAUACUCUGUAAUGAUCACAUUGACUAUUUUUUUGUUGUAAUUGAAUGAUUGCCUUCGGGCUUUGUGUGUAUGAUAUGCUUCCUUCUG